AUGGCCCGCAUUCGACAAGUGCGCCCCUCUCUUGCUGUUCAUAUCCCGUUUGCAAGCUCUACGCGGACGGUGCCGACCAAGCCUGGCUUGCAAAAAGACCUCCACUUGCCACUCGGCGACCUUACGACAUCUCUUGCAGGGUCCACUGCGCUCGGAUCCUCUCGACUCAAAGGCAAGGGCAGCGACGGAGAUCUCGCGCACAGCACAGGUGUGCAGCGCAUGCUCAUGAAAGCAAAGGUAGUUGCGGCGGACGUGACUAAGUCCUCACCACCUCUUCGUGGCUCUCCAGCAUCCAGCAAUGGUAGCAAGCGCUUCCCGUCUAGCGAUUCAUAUCUACCACACGAUCAGAGCAAGUUGGUGGUCACGACCAAGAGCAGUGUUCCACAAACGCAUGACCCGCACGGCGGACAUUCAAUGGUCAAAGGUCACAGUGGACAAGGUGGUCUACCGGGGCACCUCCGCUCGGGAUGGUCGGCUGCAGCGACCUACCUCGGCUCUGCUAUGCAUGCAAAGCCCGUGGAGGUUCAUGCCGCGAGUCCGGAGGAGAAGAUUGCCACUUUCGUUGCGCCAACGGGACGAUCCGCUUCGAGGGCCAGAGCGUCAAGACCUCAGGUCGUCCGUUCACACACGGGCAGCAGCGCCGGUCUCAAGGCGUCUGUAUCGCCUGUAUUAUCGAAGACGUCUUCGAGUACCAGUCCGACUCCUCAGUCUUCCACUCGUUCAAGUCCUAGUCUGGAUGCGCCAUUGCCAUCAAGCGUCUCGCCUGGCCUUCGCAUCACGACCUCCCCAGUAGCGACGCCUUUGCCACCCCGCGACCGCAGUCCUGUCAGAUUCGUGAUGAAGGUCGAUGGUCCAGACGCGAUGCUGCAUUCACCCUCACCUUUGGGCGCUCGUGGAAACGUCACGCAUGCUCGCGACAUCGAGAAGAUCAGGAUGAAGGUGCCAAAUUUGGAUGUGCCAACUGCUCCCAUUCUCAGGUCUUGCGCUCACGAGCGCAAUCUAGAUUUCAAGCUGCAAAAGAUGAGCACACCUGAACGGGCUGCGGCAGCAGCAAGAGAAGCCAAGUUGGCAAAACUUCUGGGGACUGCACAAUUCGAGAGCCCGUCCCUUUUGGGUGCGCGCGCAAAAGCUCCUCACAAACACCAGACCAGCCUCGAGGUGGCUGGCGUUGCCUUGUCACCGCUAUCUGCUCCCGCACCCUUCCCUUCGAUGACGGGCGGAUAUCGCAGGAAAGGGUCGCAUCUCCGAGAGGUAGCAAACCCCAUGGACGGCUUUUUCCAACCAUUGGCAGAUCGUUCUCCCUUACCAUCACCACCACCGUCAGGUGAAGGACCGCAUUUCGAAUUUCAAAACGCCACAUUUGGCCUGCAGGCGCCCGACAUUCGCUUGUCUCCGCCCCCUUCUCCCCUAUCACCACGCUCGCUUGCGCCCCACUCAGAGGGCGGCACGCUCGUUGGCCAGCGCAGCAAAGCCUUCUAG